AUGUGGGGAAGAGGGAAACGCCCAGCAGUGAACUAUCGUCACAUCAGAGGCUGGGCGCAAUGGGACAGAACCGCAGAGACCGAAGGGGGAACUGACCGACUAAGUGCUAACCCUGACCCUCUUUUGCGGAACGAUGCAGGCAAAUCGGCACGGCGUUGGUUCAACCAUGACAAAGUUGACGAUGCGGUUGUGGAUUCGGAUUCAGGUGGCGUGUCUGCCCGAGGGGGGAUAAUUUUGGUUGGCGCGAUACUUCCAUCGUCAUCAGCAGAGGAGGAUCGGACAAUCGAGAUAAACGGGCUUGACGAAAAUCAAAAGACCGUCCGGGCCGUUCGGGGGGAAGAAUUGGCACUGUUUGAACUGAACCGAGAUGGAUGGCAAAUGGAUGGUCUGGAUGAUGCUGGGCAAAGGUUUGCGCGAGGGAAGUGGUGCGAAGGCGGUCACGGGUCGGUCACGGAAUUUCAGUCCUCGGGCGGUCUGAUUUCUUCCUUUGACAAUCUCCAAACUCUCUCCGUCGUUGCACUCAUCUUUGUCUUUCUCAAUCCAAAUCACCUUCAUUGCCUCCAUCUGCGUCAAGAAACUUCCAUCAAAUGCUCCGCCGAUUUCGUCGAGAUGCUCCUACUCACAUCUUCGCUCGUCACCAACCUCGUCAACCUCAAGCAAUUUGGUGCGAGGAUCAACGUUUGCCUUGUCCGUCUUUCGCAGAUACUAAUCACACUGCAGCUUGCUCUCGCUAUCCGACCUCGAUCCCAUGAUUCCAUCCUCUUUGCCAACGACUUUGGCAUUGUCGAUACCAUCUAUGUCAUCAUCUUCGUUGCAUUCACUACUGCUGUGCGGCAGACAAUCCUCAUCAAUGCCGUCCUAUCGAUCAUUCUCGUUUGUUUCUUUAUAAUUCACACAAAGCAAGAACAAACGCCACCCAUCCAUACACACACCCCUACACACACCACGCGAUCGUCAACGAAGAACACCACAUACCCCCGCGACCCCGAAACAACACGCCAGGUUGCGCAUAGAAAUCUCAACUGCAGCAAAUCGAAAAGGGAAACCAAAGGAAUGCUGAACAAGCCAAUCACCUCCUCGCCCACCCACACCCAGCUACCGAACCAACGGCGGCAGGCCAACAGCGUUUCAUCGACGCGUGUCACCGUUGUUCUAGCCCCCAAAUUUCUCACACCGGGCAGGGCGAACAGGGCGAACAAGGUUGACGACACCGCCUACACCUCCAGGGAUUUCAACCCGUGGCAGGGCGAGGUCUUGGUCGCCUCGAGGUCAAAGCACUGCGGCGAACUCCAGCAAUGGACGUUCCGAGACGUCAAACCACACGGACCUGUCAAAAUAUGCUUCUGGGGCUGCGGACCAAAGUGGAUGAACCGAAACGGAGACCCGGUUUGGCAAUUUCGCCGGCCCCAGCGAUCAAAAGUCCGUCUCGAAGCGGCGCAUCAGCAGCGAUCUAAUUAG